CAGUGCAAGCAGCCAUCUUGGAAAAUCCUUUUUCGCAUUUCGAACGAACGAAGUGUCAAAUAUCGAUAAUUAUUUCACCUCAAACGGUUGAAUUAAAAAUUUGUACAAGAAAUAAGCUUUCUUUGAAAAGUUAAAUUUUUUAAAGCAAUCUGAAAAUUGAAAUGUAAAAAUCAUUUUCGCGCCACAAAAUAGUAUCAUUCAAUAGUUGUAUUUAAAAGCAAGAAAAAUAUAGAAGCGAGUUGCGAUAACAACUCGAAUAAGAAAGGGGUAGGAGAAUUUUUCUGUUGAAAGUUGGAAAUAAUAUAGGCAAGACGGCUUCGCAAAAAAAAUCGUCUAAGAAGAUGGCGGAGACCAAAGAAUUAGAGAAUAUGGUAUUGAGUUUUCGGGUGUCUGAACUUCAGAUGCUUCUUGGUUUUGCUGGUAGAAAUAAAUCAGGUAGAAAAAACGAAUUGCAAGCACGUGCACUAGAAUUGUUACGUUUGCGAUCCCAUCCAGUACAACUCAAAAUACGUGAAUUAUAUAAAACAAUACAAGCUGAUCAAUUAGCUGCACAUCAAAUGUAUGGUCAAACAGGUAGUUCUGCAGAGCCACAAAUAGAUCAAAACAUGCACUCCAGAAAUUAUUACACGAGACAAGCUAUCAGUCAGCAACAACAGUCACAGUCUUCAGUUUCUAGUGGAAAAGAUUUACCACCUGCCCAUCAAGCAUCUCUACCUCAAGCACCUAGAGCUAAUCCUGUAUAUCAGUCAACAGCAUAUACUAGUGUAACACCACAACAAACAACAAGUGCAGCUUAUAGUCCAUAUCCAUAUGUACCAAAAGUUUUAUCAACACCAUUACAAAUACAACCUAGGAGUCAGUAUCCUAUUCAUCCAGAUGUCAGGCUUAAAAAGCUACCAUUUUUUGAUCUACUUGCAGAGUUGUUAAAGCCAUCUAGUCUAAUGCCUCAGGGUUCAAUGAGGCUGCAAGAAAAUACAUUUAUGUUUCAUUUAACACCACAACAAUCAACAGAUGUUGCAAGUUCGCGAGAUUGUCGUGCAGGAAGUAAAAUGGAUUAUACAGUACAGAUACAAAUGCGGUUUUGUUUACAAGAGACUUCAUGUGAACAAGAAGAUUGUUUUCCACCAAGUAUUGCUGUAAAAGUUAAUGGAAAAUUAUGUCCAUUACCUAAUCCAAUACCUACUAAUAAACCGGGAGUAGAACCAAAGAGGCCGCCACGGCCUGUCAAUAUUAGUCCUUUAGUUAAAUUAUCUCCUACUGUAGCAAAUCAAAUUCAUGUAACAUGGUCAUCUGACUAUGGUAGACGAUAUGCAAUUGCGAUAUAUCUAGUUCGGAAGCUUUCAAGUGCUGAAUUAUUAUCAAGGUUAAAAAGUAGAGGUGUCCGACAUUCGGAUUACACUAGAGGUUUAAUCAAAGAAAAGCUUAAUGAGGAUGCAGAUAGUGAAAUAGCAACAACAUCACUCAGAGUAUCCUUAGCUUGUCCACUGGGCAAGAUGCGCAUGUGCACACCAUGUCGUGCGUCAACAUGUUCACAUUUACAAUGUUUUGAUGCGUCGUUGUUUCUUCAAAUGAAUGAAAGAAAACCUACAUGGAAUUGUCCAGUUUGUGAUAAGGCAGCGUUAUAUGAUAAUCUAGUUAUCGAUGGAUAUUUCCAAGAAGUAUUGAAUUCAAAGAAAUUAUUACCAGAUGUAAAUGAAAUUCAAUUAUUACAAGAUGGUUCAUGGGAAAAUUUGGUUUUGAAAAAAGAGAAGGAUAAGGAGAAGAGUGAAACAAAAGUUAUUACAAAUUCACAAGAUCGGAAAAUCGAUGUGGAUACCGUCGAUCUCGACGAAGGCAAUCCUGCUCCUCCAAAGGAAAAGAAACGAGCUGUUGUUAUUGAUUUAAUAUCAGACAGUGAUGACGAUGACGAACAUACCACACCGACACAAAGUACAAAAAAGAUAACUUGUGGUACUUCUUCACCAAAAAAAUCACAAACCAGUUCUAUUAGCAGUACAAGUGAAUCGCCAGAGUUGAUGAUAAUUGACUUAGAAUAG